UUAUUCUUUAGGGAUAAAAUAAGUGUAGACACCACCGUACUACUAUUCGUUUUACUGUGUGUACUAUACAAUAAUAUUUAAAAUAUAUAGUGGAUAUAUAACUCUUUACAACUGCAGGACUAAUAUCUUAUAAGAUAUCUUAUUAAGUAAGAUGAUAAAACAGGCAUCAUUGUGAAUCUUUGUACCAUAAAACCUCUUGUGCAGGCUAUGCAUGUGAGUGCGAUUGGCUCAUACUUGACACCCAGCCAUCAGGAACUAGCUGAUCGUAUGCAUUUGACAAUUGGAUGAUGUGACUGCAGACUCUACAGCGUCCAGUUUGUGUGUCACUUUCAGUUCCCAUUUGUCUUGUGAAGUCAGCUCAGUGGCGUUGCGUUUUUUAGUGAAGCAAUAAGAAAAAGUUAACAUCCAUCACGAGCUUUAAGAACAAAGGUUCUCAUGCUGCCCUGUUGAUGAUGGACGGAUAUGGCAUAUCAUCCGUAAGUUCUGCUGCUUUAUUCAUCCAGGCGUCAGAGGAAAUUGUUCCAAGUGUACCAGAUAAUUAUCGUCCCCCUGGAGAGCUGUACCCUUAUCUCACUACCGUGGCGGAGAUUUACGAAGACCACAGAUGGACCCUGCACUCGGAGCGUGUCCAUCCGACGGAUUUUGAGAAUUCUCAAUUGAAUCACCUCAUUGAGCUUCAGUCUGUGUCCCCUCAACAACUGGUGCAACCAACUUACCGCUACAGCAGCGAGUCUAUGCCCCUUCACCUGGACCCCCCCCUGUUACCCCUCUCUGUUUCACCACAAAUCCCAUAUUACCCCCCAUCCCUGUGCUACCCGUACCAUCCCCCUGCCUCGCCUGGACAUUACUACUCAGAAGAGGAACAAAGAGGAAUCAGUCAUCCACUUGAGGUAUCGGAUGGGGAGGAACUCGACGACCACAACUCCUCCUUUAGAAAAGACAUUAGCAACAAGAAGAAAAUCCGCUUGUACCAGUUCCUCUUGGACUUGCUGAAAAACGGUGACAUGACUGAUAGUAUCUGGUGGGUGGAUCAGGAAAAGGGCGUCUUUCAGUUCUCCACUAAACACAAAGAAGCCCUGGCCAGCCACUGGGGUACUCAGAAAGGAAACCGCAAAAAGAUGACCUACCAAAAAAUGGCUCGAGCGCUGAGGAACUAUGGUAAAUCUGGUGAGAUUAUAAAAGUAAAGAAAAAGCUUACCUACCAGUUCAGUGAGGAGGUGCUGGGGAACCUCUAUUUACGCCAGUAUCCUCACUGAUGAGGGAACUCAGGCUGUCUCUCAUUCACUGUAAUCACUGAACUAGCCAAGAUUGGGUAUUUCCUCUGCAACUUCACUUCGUUUUUCUACCAAGUCUUCUUACUUAUUUAUUUUUGAUGACAGUGUAAAUCCUCUACCCAGUCACUUGCCUCUAUAAACAUCUUCAUUUUAGACUCAAAUUGAGUUUGUUCUUGUAAAUGUAAGUGUUUUAGUACAAUAAUUAAAGGAUUGUUAAACAUCAGGGACAACAAAUUAAACUAAAAUACUGUUCUUACGUAAACUUUUGUCAUGAAUGUCUGGGUUUUUUAUCCCGUUACUCAAAUGGACUUAAUUAAUCUUUGAACACAUACUAUGUGAGUUGUGUUUAUUCCAGAGCAUUGUGUGCAGUGUGUGUAUCUGACGGGAUGAAAUUAUUUUUUCACUUUUUUUAAUUGAUGAUAUAUGUAGCAUAAAUGUUAUUAUUAAAAAUAAUGAAAAGAAACAAUAUAACACUGUGGUCUUCCAUUAAAGGUUGUAAAUUAUUACACCUCUUAGCAGAUAUUUUGCAAAUUCUAUCCACGUAGGCCAAUAGUUUAGUGAUUUACAUGAUAGGUGAAUCCAUUACAAAAAAGUAUUAAAAUGAUGUGGAGCUUUGGAAUAUUUGCCAUCCACACAUUAAAUCAACAAAUGGUUGGAGUUCGACAGAUUAUUUUUUAUCUUUUGGUAUUUUUCCUAAGGUAACAAUAUAUUUGUUCAAAUUGUUAUUAGGCCACAGUCUAGGUUCAUUGGGAGAGGUUAGAGGACAAGGCACUGAAGGGUUUGAUUUCAAUGGUUAUAUUGAAUUGUAUAAACACAGGAAAACAUACUUUCAAUUAAAAUCCAG